UCGAGUAAUGAAAUACUUGAUAAGCAGAGGCAACAAGAGGCUGCGAUCAUGGGAUUCAACGUGUCAUACGAAACAGUGAUUUUCUGCAUAGGAAUUACAUCAAUAUUUCACAUAAGAUCAGCCACCUCUGAUGGACAGAACACUGCACUCAACUACUCUCAACACAGUCCCUCACAACAGAUUUCUCAAACUCCGCCUUCGACAAUUCCGAAACCAAAAAGUGUUCCUGCUUACUCAAAGUAUCCUCUGCAAAAUUUUUUCUCUAUUUCACCUCAACAAGAUGAAGAAGAUCCAGAAUGUCAUAACUUGCGUCCGAAUUUCGCCAUGGAGGAAUUAACAGAUAUCCUGUCACCAAAAAUAUUCUCGCAAACAGAUCUUUUCCAUUAUUUCCUAACAAAAAUUGCUAAAAUAUUACAACUUGAUAUCGCAACCAUCAAAUUCGUAGUGAAUCAAGCUUUGAAUUGGAAAGGAAGACUUCCUCCGUGCUAUAUUCCAUAUGCUAAAGUAUUAUCAUCGUUUCUAGAAUGUUGGAGCAUUAUUUUGAACGCAAAAUGGUACAUAGAAGAAAUUCCAAUUCGACGCUCCAAGAAUGUGGACGGUUUUAGUUCUCUUCCUUUGGAAAUUUCGUCGUCAUCUCAAUUAUCCGAAUUUUUCUCACCCGAUAUCUUUUCCGAUCCUCAACCUCCUUCACGUCUUUUUAUCAAGAUACUGGGUAUGCCAAAAAGUGUAUUUGCAGACUCCAAGAUUCAGUUGGAAAAUUUCUUGAUAAAAUGGGACGAGUCGGAUAGUCCUCCGUUUCCCAGGCUUUACAUUUGGUAUGCUGGUAUUGUGAAUAAUUUUCUACAAAAUGAAUCUGCUAUUGAUAAUCUGAAACGAGGGUUGUCCGAAAUUCAACGUAUUUCGGCUUCUGAUUAAGCUUUUAAUGACGAUGAUUCAAAUAUUUUGAUAAAUGAAUAGUGAGUUAUUCGUAUCAAGUACCUGGAUAUGUGUUUAUAAUUAUGCUUGUUCUGAAAUUUCAAAAUAAAUUUUACAAUCAAA